AUGACUGGAAGAGGCAAAACCGGGGGAAAAGCUCGCGCUAAGGCCAAGACUCGCUCAUCCAGAGCAGGAUUGCAGUUUCCCGUGGGCCGUGUCCAUAGGCUUCUCCGUAAAGGGAACUACGCCGAGCGUGUUGGUGCCGGUGCUCCGGUCUACUUGGCCGCCGUGUUGGAGUAUUUGACCGCUGAGAUUCUCGAGCUGGCUGGCAAUGCCGCCCGCGACAACAAGAAGACUCGUAUCAUUCCCCGACAUCUGCAGCUCGCUGUGCGUAACGAUGAGGAGCUGAACAAACUGCUCGGUGGAGUAACCAUCGCUCAGGGUGGUGUGUUGCCUAACAUCCAGGCUGUCCUUCUUCCCAAGAAGACCGAGAAGCCGGCCAAGACCAAAAUGUCAUUAAAACUCAUCAUGUCUGGAAGAGGCAAAACCGGGGGGAAAGCUCGUGCUAAGGCCAAGACUCGCUCAUCCAGAGCAGGAUUGCAGUUUCCCGUGGGCCGUGUUCAUAGGCUUCUCCGUAAAGGGAACUACGCUGAGCGCGUUGGUGCCGGUGCUCCGGUCUACCUUGCCGCCGUGCUAGAGUAUUUGACCGCUGAGAUUCUCGAGCUGGCUGGUAAUGCCGCCCGUGACAACAAGAAGACUCGUAUCAUUCCACGGCACCUCCAGCUCGCCGUGCGUAACGAUGAGGAACUGAACAAACUGCUUGGCGGAGUAACCAUCGCUCAGGGUGGUGUGCUGCCUAACAUUCAGGCUGUGCUUCUGCCCAAGAAGACCGAGAAGCCGGCCAAGACCAAGUAAUUUUACUCACUCCUA